CUUCUGCAGGUGGAGACUAAGCCUAGCCUUGCAUGAAUAUGUAAUAAACAAGAGAACUGUUAUGUAAAUAUGAGGAGAGUCAACUUGGAGUAAACCAGAAAGGCUAAAUCUGCAUACAUUUCUUUCUCUAAUUUUCAUUUGUUUGGAAUCAGAAAAAUAAACAACUGACUAAGACAUAGGAGGGGAUGCCGGUCUUUAAAGAAAAAGGUUACAAGAAGGCAAAAGAGUUUAAGGUCAUGGGGAAAGGCAUACUUUGGGAUCAAGGAUAGAGGAACUGUGAAGCAAAGACGAGUCUCGCAGCUUAAGGAAAAUACUAAUGUGGCACAAAAAUAUUAACUCCUAGAUAUGCCUAACGAUUACUUCUAAUUUAGUCUUCAAACAGAUAAUUUUCUGGGUGAAAAACAAUUUGUUUUCUUUCCUAGACAAGGUAACUUUAGAGAGCAUUUCUCUGAUGCUACCCACAGUGCUCCUUAGCUGCCUGGAUGCUCUUGGGUGAGUUCUUUUGACUUGGCAGCCAGUUCCUAAGCCACAGGCACUUUCUGGUUGCCUUCAGCUAAGUGGAAACUUUGAAAGGUCUGUAGUUGUUGAAACAAGCUGAAAUUCUUCCAGGUUUGUGUCGUAGGACACUUAAGAACUUGGAUUUGGUUUCACAGGAUGGUUAUACAUGAAAUAAAGAUCAAGUGCUCAGGAGGUUAAAUUUCAGGAAAGCCCUCUUGGAUGCAAGAUAAAGGCGGGGUAUAAAGUGAAAACAAAAGUAGCCCCAGUUAGCAAGGUCAUUUGAUUUCACUCCGCACUGCAUUCAAGACUGCUGCUCUCUUUCUGCACACUGAAACAGAUUGCAGCCAUGGCUUUGGAGCACAAUGAAUCGACAGAUUACUAUUAUGAGGAAAGUGAAAUAAAUGGCACUCAUGACUACAGUCAGUAUGAAGUGGUCUGUGUAAAAGAGGAGGUCAGAAAUUUUGCAAAAGUUUUCCUGCCUGCCUUCUUCACAAUAGCUUUCAUCAUUGGAGUUGCAGGCAACUCCACAGUAGUGGCGAUUUAUGCCUAUUACAAGAAGCAGAGGACCAAAACAGAUGUGUACAUCUUGAAUUUGGCAGUGGCAGAUUUGCUCCUCCUAUUCACUCUGCCUUUUUGGGCAGUUAAUGCAGUUCAUGGGUGGGUUUUAGGGAUAAUCAUGUGCAAAGUCACUUCGGCCUUGUACACAGUCAACUUUGUCUCUGGAAUGCAGUUUUUGGCUUGUAUCAGCCUAGACAGAUGUUGGGCAGUAACUAGAGCCCCGAGUCACUCAGGAGUGGGCAAACCAUGCUGGCUCAUCUGUGUCUGUGUCUGGAUGGCUGCCAUCUUGCUGAGCAUACCUCAGCUGGUUUUUUAUACUGUAAAUCACAAGGCUAGGUGCGUUCCCAUCUUUCCAUACCACCUAAAAACAUCCCUGAAAGCAUGGAUUCAAAUGCUGGAAAUCUGCAUCGGAUUUGUGAUACCCUUUCUUAUUAUGGGAGUGUGCUACUCUAUCACGGCAAGGACACUCAUCAAGAUGCCGAACAUUAAAAAAUCUCGACCCCUCAAAGUUCUGCUCGCAGUGGUUAUAGUUUUCAUUGCCACUCAGCUGCCUUAUAACAUUGUCAAGUUCUGCCAAGCCAUAGACAUCAUCUACUCCCUGAUCACCAACUGCGACAUGAGCAAACGCAUGGAUGUCGCCAUCCAGAUCACAGAGAGCAUCGCACUCUUUCACAGCUGCCUCAACCCAGUCCUGUAUGUUUUCAUGGGAUCCUCUUUUAAAAACUACGUCAUGAGAGUGGCCAAGAAAUAUGGGACCUGGAGAAGACAAAGACAAAAUGUGGAGGAGGUUCCUUUUGAUUCUGAAGUCCCUACAGAGCCAACCAGUACAUUCAGCAUUUAAAUGUAAAACUGCUCUGUGUCUUGCUUCGAUACACAUGAGUGAUGCUUCGCCCUCAGCUAAAACAUCUGCAUUAUUCUAAAAUUCAAAUCUCAAGACACUGUGGUGGGAACUUAUUACAAAGAAGAGGUUGGGGUGAAGAAGUGGGGAGGGUAGAAACCAAGAAGAGGAAACACAAUAAUCAAUGCAUAAAACAAGAAAAUAACAAUGAACAAUAUUGGAAAAUAGUAAUAACAGGCAUAAGUCAUAAAAACAUUUUGCUAUGUUAGACCAUCUAAAACAUUAAUAAAGAGGCUUAUAUUAAGGGGCAUUUAUAAUUAUUUUAAAUCAUAUAAGAAUGAUUUCCCUGCAUAAUUUUAAUCCUUGAUUAACUAUACAGCAAAAUAUAAUCUAUCCCUCUUUUCCUGUUUCUUAAUUUGUAAGUGAUUUCAUAAUAACCAUCAACAACAACAAAAAAUACUUUAAAAGCAUUUCUGGCCCUUUUAAUACCUUCUUGGUAAGUUUCUAAACACAUAAUUUGCUUCCAUAUGUCACCUUUCUUUAGUAAUAAACUGGUUAU